AUGAACCCCCUCGGUCGGGCGCUUCUACCCUGCGACUGCGACCCCAUCAUGCCAAACAUGAACGUCGACUCCAUGGACGCUCCCCUUCUGGAGCCCCCGACUACCCCCGUGCGCCCGUACCACGCGCACCAUUCCCACGGCAUGGCCCUGCAGAAAUACAUUUUCCUGCAGGAGCAGCACCAGGCACUCCGUCAAUACCUGGAUGAACUUCGCCAACCCCACCAGGCCCACAACCACACCUCCCGGCUCACUACCGUCGCCGUAGCGGCAUCGAUCAUUCCCAGCCCUCCGGCCUUACCAACCCGCCGCGCCUCCGACUCCGAUCCCGAUCUGGAUCCCUCAUCUAUGCACGCCCAUCCGCGUCGCGGACAGGGCUCGCUCCCCCCAUCGCGCAGGGCGAGCUACACUUUGCAUGACGGUGCCAGCUCGGUCGAAGAGGAGUUGGCGGUGGGGGAGCAGAGGUUGUGCGAGGUGAAUGAGGGGAUUAAGCGGGCGUUGACAGAGUUACUUAAUUGCGAGACGGUACGGAAUGAUCGGGCGAUGAGGAGCUGGGUGCAGUGUCGGUUGAUGGAUGCGGAGAGGGAGUUGAGGAUGGGGAGGAGGAGGAGGAGUGGCGCCUCGCUGGCAUGA